AUGAAUGUCGAUACAUAUAAUAAUAGGGAAGAAUCUCGCAAAAUGUUACGAUCCUUAUUGCAAUCCCUUAGGUUCCAAGAUCAAGGUUUUGAAGAUAUCCUUGAUAAAUUUAGAUUCAUCAAUAAUAGACGCUUUCAUAAUGUCUCUUCAAAAUAUACAUACCCUAAUGAUGAAAUAGAAAUUAAUAGAUUGGAAUUAUCUCAUCUUUUGUUAAAAAGUGCAUAUGGUGGUAAUUUCUCUUCUCCAGUGCAUGACAAAUUAAGGAAUGGAAUUUCCGUAUUAGAUGUUGGAUGUGGAGCGGGGCACUGGGUUAUCGAAAACGCGAAAGAUUACCCAAACAGUACAUUUAUUGGAUUAGACAUGUCUCCAAUUUUUCCGACAGAAAACAAACCAAAGAAUGCCGGAUUUAUCGAAUGCAAUGUGCUUGAAGGACUUCCCUUCCCGUCAAACACUUUCAAUUUUGUACAUCAAAAAUUACUAUACGUUGCCUUCUCUGAAAAGGAAUGGUUACAAGUGGUAAAAGAAAUUGUUAGGGUUUUGAAACCUUCCGGAUAUGCAGAAUUUAUGGAAGUAGAACUUUGCCUGCUUAAUGCAGGACCUAUUGCAAAAAGUAUUAGUGAGAAAUUUAGUCAAUAUUUAAAAUCAAAAAACAUAUUUUCAGAAAUAGCGUUAAGAUUAAAAGAUAUAAUGGAUUCUACAAAAAGUUUUGAUGAAGUUAAUAUAGAAAAACGAAUACUUGCAGCUGGAAAAUGGGGAGGAAAUUUUGGUGAAUUGACCAUGGAUGCUAGUUCAACAUUGGUAUUUGAAAACAUUAAACGCGACAAAUAUGAUAAAUUUAUUAAAACUUAUUACGAAGAAAUCGAGGAAUAUAGGUCAAAAAAAUUACAAAUCGAGAUUCAAACGUACAGGACAAUGGCAAAACAAGUAACCAUUUCUCCUGUCGAUAAUUCACCAUACGUUACUAGAACUUUAGCUACAACGGAAGAGGUUAAUACUGCAAUCGAACGUUCAUAUGCAGCUUUUCAAUCAUGGAAAAAAGUUCCCGUCAAAGAACGUGUUCAAAUUUUGUCCAAAUUCGUUGAUGCUUUUGUCGCCAAAAAAGAAAACAUUGCAAUGGAAUUAACCUUACAAAUGGGAAGGCCAAUUAAGUAUGCCCCCAGUGAAAUUAAUGGUACAGAAGAACGUGCACGUUAUAUGAUUUCAAUUGCGGAGGAGAGUCUCAAAGAUGUUGAAAUCUCGGAUUCUGAUAAACCUGGAUUUAAAAGGUUCAUUCGAAAAGAGUCUUUAGGUCCAAUUCUUAUAAUUGCUGCUUGGAACUAUCCGUAUCUCAUUUCCGUAAACGGUGUUGUACCAGCACUCCUUGCAGGUAAUACCGUUAUUUUGAAACAAUCUUCUCAGACUCCUUUAUGUGCUGAGAGAUUUGCUGAAGCUUUCAAAGAGGCCGGUCUUCCAGAUUAUGUGUUCCAAAUUUUACAUAUGUCACAUAGUGACGCAGAGAAAGCCAUCAAAAGUCCACUUAUUGCAUUCGUAAAUUUCACUGGUUCGGUUGAGGGUGGCAGAGAAAUUCAAAGGGCUGCCAGUACUAAAUUCAUUGCAACAGGACUUGAGUUAGGUGGAAAAGAUCCUGCAUAUGUACGAUAUGAUGCUGACAUAGAUUACGCUGCUGAACAACUUGUUGAUGGCUCAUUCUUCAAUAGUGGUCAAUGUUGUUGUUCAAUUGAACGAAUUUAUGUUCAUGAGAAAGUAUAUGAUCAAUUUAUUCAGAAAUUCGUAGAAUUAAUAAAGCAUUAUAAAUUGGGUGAUCCAACGGAACCCGACACAACUCUUGGACCAAUGGUUCGUACCAAAGCUGCAGAAUUUGUACGAAAGCAGAUUGAAGAAGCUGUUAGUCAAGGUGCAAAAACUUUAAUAGAUAUCAAAUUAUUCCCUCAAGAUAAGAAAAACACACCGUACAUGGCACCUCAAGUUCUUGUUAAUGUGGAUCACUCAAUGAGAGUCAUGACGGAAGAGAGUUUUGGUCCUGUAAUUGGAAUCAUGAAAGUUUCUUCUGAUGAGGAAGCUAUUCGGUUAAUGAAUGAUUCGGAAUUCGGUCUUACAGCAAGUAUUUGGACCAAAGAUCAUGAUGCUGCUCUAGUCGUUGGGAAUGAAAUCGAUACCGGAACUUGGUUUAUGAACCGUUGUGAUUCUAAAAACAUUGAUAUGUUUGAUUUUAUAGAUCUUGACCCAGCUUUGGCUUGGGUAGGAGUUAAGAAUUCGGGCCGAGGCUGCACUUUGUCAAGAUUUGGAUUUGAUUAUCUUACAAGACCUAAAUCAUUUCAUUUGAAAUUGACAACCAAAUAA